UUUGCAACUAUAGCUCUUGGCCACAUGGAUACGUGAAUAUUGGAUUUUUAUUUAUAAAUAAAUGCGGAAAAGUGUAAAAAGAGAGCAAGAGAGGACAGAGUACUAUGUUGAAUAUAGAAAAGCAUUGAAUUAUAAUUGGUUUCCCUGCAAAAUACACUUACUGAAAAGUGAAAAUUGCAAAUGUCAAAAUUGAUAGAGCGGCGGGCGUGAGUGUGUGUGUGCGUUGGAAUUUGCAAGUGUGCGUGCACGGCGAACGACCAAAAAAGCCGACAUCACCGAACGGGGCAAAAACAGAAAACGUUGCGCCCAUUUUUUGUUGUUGAUUCAUUAAAUACGCUGCACACAUACCAAGGCGACGAACAAGCACAAGCAACGCGUGUGUUUUAUUCUUGUAUGUACAUAUGAAUGUGUAUGCAUGUACGAAUGCCUGUGUAUUUGUGAGUUGGAGCAGCCAGUCCAACAAGCUCCCCAUAAGUAGCAGUCUCUCACACCAACACAAGCGCAACUGAAGCAGAAGCAGCGGUAGAGCCAGCGAAGAAACAGUUACCGCACGAAAGAGCGCCGCAGUCGCAGCCGGAGCGGCAAAGUCAACGUCAACGUCAUAAAUUUGUCAUCGCUUUUAGUUAUUUUCAAAAUCAGCACAAUUAUAUUGAAAUAUAUUUUUAAAAAGAGACACACACACAAAACGAUUGCAAAACAAAUUAUUUCAAGAUGAUAUUGCUGGAAAUCAAUAAUCGCAUAAUUGAGGAAACGCUCCUGGUCAAAUACCGCAAUGCUCAAGCAGGACUCAAGCCAGAAUCGAUUGAUAUACGAAUAGCAGACUUUGACGGUGUAUUAUAUCAUAUUUCCAAUGUGAAUGGCGAUAAAACAAAAGUGCGGAUCAGCAUUUCGCUCAAGUUCUACAAACAACUGCAGGAACAUGGGGCGGAUGAGCUGCUUAAAAGGGAAUACGGAAGUUUGUUGACUGAAACAGAGGAAGGCUAUAAUGUUUCUGUACUUAUUAAUCUGGAGGAAAUACCCGCGGAUUGGGAGCAGGUUGCAAAAAAAAUUGGACUACUAAAGCGCAACUGUUUUGCGUGUUUUGAGAAGUAUUUCGACUACCAAGAACAGGGUGAAGAGGGCCAGAAACGAGCAGUCAUCAACUAUCGCAACGAUGAGACACUCUAUGUGGAAGCAAAGCCUGACCGCGUCACCGUUGUCUUCAGCACCAUCUUCAGAGACGAGGACGAUGUCAUCAUUGGCAAGGUCUUCAUGCAGGAAUUGAGAGAAGGACGACGUGCAUCGCACACAGCGCCACAAGUGCUUUUUUCGCACCGCGAGCCUCCCUUGGAACUGGCUAACUCCGAUGCCAGAGUGGGCGACAACAUUGGAUAUGUUACGUUCGUGCUAUUCCCUCGUCAUACCAACAAGGAAACGCGGGAUAAUACUAUCAAUUUAAUACACAUGUUCCGAGAUUACUUGCAUUAUCACAUUAAGUGUUCAAAAGCGUAUAUUCAUUCGCGAAUGCGUGCAAAAACCUCAGACUUCCUUAAGGUGCUAAACCGUGCAAGGCCCGAGCCUAAGAAUAUUGAAAAGAAGACUAUAACGGGGAGAACAUUCAUACGCAAGGAAUGAUGCAUGCAGUAUAUUUAGUUGUUUUUAUAUAUAAAUAUAAAAAAAAAUGGUGUAUUAAAAAUUGAGAUAAACUGUAAAAUUUUGGCUUAUUAAAAGCAAAUGUUUCCAAAAUGGUGAAAAUAAUGAAAAGUAAACUGCAAACAGCAAUAAAAACAAAAAAGAAAAAAUUUCCAACUGCAAGUAUUCCAAAAGAGUAUGUUAAGCUUAAUAUAAGCUGAGCAAGUUUAUGAACAAAGAAAUAAUAGUUAUGCGUUAAAAUAUAUAAUAAAAAUUGUGUAUGUUUGUCGAGUCAGAGCUAGAGAAAAAAACAGAAAAAGAAAUGAUUACAAAAUCUGAAUCAGCAAGUCAGUCACAGAAAAUUGUUUACAGUCAUAGUCGAGUCAAAGUCAGCGUACAUUUUAUGUAUAUCAAAACUAAAGAAUUGUCAAGGAAACAUUUUAAACUAAAAACCUAAAUGUAAGAGAAAAAGAAAGUAAUGUCAUAACCAUACCAACCUGUUAAUGUCGCAAUUGUCCUAAUGCUGCCCACAUCGGAAACACAUUACUAGCCUGUAUAUUUAGAAAAUUAAAAUUAAAA